AGCCGGAAAGCGGAAGCCGAAGGCUGCUACCCGGUGGUCGGCUAAGCGGCUCUAGCCCAGCUCUCAGACGGCUGAGUCACUGCCGCCCGGCCCGGCCCGGAAAAGACGAGCGCCGCCGCCGCGGCCGCCUCUCGGGCUCCCGGGCUCUCGGGCUCUCGGGGUCCCGGGCCUUUGCACCUGUCUUUUCCAGCUGGGCACAAAGCCUUUUGCUGUCGCCGUGGCGACUGGCGGCCUAGCGAAGACCUCCUUUACUUUUAAUCCCCCUCAUUUUCCAAUCCAUUCUCUGCUUAUUUUCUGGUCAGUCCGUGACCCUCUAGGCGGGCUCGGACCCGCGAUCGAUUUGCCGCCCUCAGGGCGCUGGGCAGCCCGGCUGCCUACGAGGCUGGGGCAGCCUCCGCGGUCUCCAUGGUAACGGCCUCGCCGGCGUUUCCGCCUAGGUGCGAAGAUGCGGCCUGCCCUGCCCGCCGCCUCGCCCCCGGCCUUACGGUGGGACCCCGGGCACUGAGGACGAAGGUCCCGGGCGCCGGCCCGCGGGGCAACGGGCACUAGGUGAGAGCCGGACGCCGGGGAGCGAAGGAGGCGGGUGCCGGGCGACUCCAGCGGCCGCCCCUGCCCCUCCCCCGCACCCACGAACACGCUCGCCCGAAAUAUUGCAGAGGCUUCUCCGGUCGCCGCUGCGCCAGUUUUUGUUUGUUUGUUUGUUUGUUUGUUGUGUUUUCCCUGGCAAACAGCUGGAGAAAGAGCAGCUCAUGGAGAGGCUGAGAGAAGCGGUUUUCGAGUCCUACCCAAAUUGGGAGAGUAACCUUCAGCAGCUGGACUCACCGACUGGUUUUCCUUCAUUUUCAGUGAAAUCCCAUUCUCUGGCUGGAGACACAGAUGGCCUCAAAUGAGAGAGAUGCUAUAUCGUGGUACCAAAAGAAGAUUGGAGCCUACGAUCAGCAGAUAUGGGAAAAGUCAAUCGAACAGACUCAGAUUAAGAAGACCGGAUUGAAGCUUGCUCUCUGGAGAGGCUGAGCCAGAGAAGUUCUGGAUUCUGGAAGACCAAAAACAAAUCAGAGUCUGAAACCUAGCAGAGUGGAUUUUGAAUGAACCCAACACAAAGAAAUGAUAAAUGUUCAAGGGUUUGAAAAACAAACCAAAAAAGAUGGGCCACAUAAAGCCAGACUUGAUUGACGUUGACUUAAUCAGAGGGUCAACAUUUGCCAAAGCAAAACCUGAAAUUCCAUGGACAUCUCUGACUCGGAAGGGGCUUGUUCGAGUUGUAUUUUUUCCAUUGUUCAGCAAUUGGUGGAUUCAGGUUACCUCUUUAAGAAUCUUUGUUUGGCUGUUACUACUUUAUUUCAUGCAAGUUAUAGCAAUUGUCUUAUAUUUGAUGAUGCCUAUUGUGAACAUAAGUGAAGUACUUGGACCCUUGUGCCUUAUGCUACUCAUGGGAACUGUCCACUGUCAAAUUGUGUCUACUCAGAUAACAAGACCAUCAGGAAACAAUGGAAAUCGAAGAAGAAGAAAAUUGCGAAAAACUGUAAAUGGUGAUGGGAGCCGAGAAAAUGGAAAUAACUCCUCUGAUAAAGUCAGAGGAAUAGAAACUUUGGAAUCUGUCCCCAUUAUUGGUGGUUUUUGGGAGACUAUCUUUGGCAACAGGAUUAAAAGAGUAAAAUUAAUAUCUAACAAAGGGACUGAAACUGACAAUGACCCAAGUUGUGUCCGUCCUAUCAUUAAGAAGAGACAAUGUCGACCAGAGAUUAGAAUGUGGCAAACAAGAGAGAAAGCAAAAUUUUCAGAUGGAGAAAAGUGCCGUAGGGAGGCUUUUAGGCGUUUGGGUAAUGGGGUGUCUGAUGACCUGUCAAGUGAGGAAGAUGGUGAAGCACGGACACAGAUGAUAUUAUUGCGUAGGAGUGUGGAAGGGGCCUCAAGUGACAAUGGUUGUGAAGUUAAGAAUAGAAAAUCAGUACUUUCAAGGCACCUAAACUCUCAGGUAAAGAAAACCACUACAAGGUGGUGUCAUAUUGUGCGGGAUUCAGAUAGUCUAGCUGAAUCAGAAUUUGAAUCAGCAGCCUUUAGCCAGGGCUCUAGAUCUGGUGUGAGUGGUGGCUCUCGAAGCCUCAACAUGUCAAGAAGAGACUCAGAAAGCACCCGCCAUGACUCAGAGACUGAGGAUAUGUUAUGGGACGACCUGCUACAUGGCCCAGAGUGCCGGUCAUCUGUCACCAGUGACAGUGAGGGGGUUCAUGUGAAUACCCUUCACUCAGGGACCAAACGUGACCCCAAAGAGGAUGUUUUUCAGCAGAAUCAUUUGUUCUGGCUUCAGAAUUCAAGUCCUUCCUCUGAUCGAGUUAGUGCAAUAAUCUGGGAGGGGAAUGAGUGCAAAAAGAUGGAUAUGUCUGUGUUGGAAAUAAGUGGCAUCAUCAUGAGCAGGGUCAAUGCCUAUCAGCAAGGAGUAGGUUAUCAGAUGCUGGGAAAUGUUGUCACUAUUGGAUUAGCAUUUUUUCCAUUCUUACAUCGACUUUUCCGUGAGAAGAGCCUUGACCAGCUAAAGUCCAUUUCAGCUGAGGAGAUCUUGACUCUCUUUUGUGGGGCACCACCUGUUACACCUAUUAUUGUUUUGUCCAUAAUUAAUUUUUUUGAAAGAUUGUGUCUUACUUGGAUGUUUUUUUUCAUGAUGUGUGUGGCAGAGAGAACAUAUAAACAGAGAUUUUUAUUUGCAAAACUCUUCAGCCAUAUUACUUCUGCCAGGAAAGCUAGGAAAUAUGAAAUACCUCAUUUCAGACUUAAGAAGGUGGAGAAUAUUAAAAUAUGGUUAUCACUGCGUUCCUAUCUAAAGAGACGGGGGCCACAGCGUUCAGUUGAUGUGGUUGUAUCCUCAGUCUUCCUACUGACACUUUCGAUUGCUUUCAUUUGUUGUGCUCAGGUUCUCCAAGGACACAAAACUUUCCUGAAUGAUGCUUAUAACUGGGAGUUUUUGAUCUGGGAAACAGCUUUACUACUUUUCUUAUUGCGUCUGGCCUCAUUGGGAUCUGAAACCAAUAAGAAAUACAGCAAUGUUUCGAUAUUACUUACAGAACAGAUUAAUUUAUAUCUUAAGAUGGAAAAAAAGCCAAAUAAGAAAGAACAGCUUACUCUAGUAAACAAUGUAUUAAAGCUGUCCACCAAGUUGUUGAAAGAGCUGGACACACCGUUUAGACUCUAUGGACUGACAAUGAAUCCCUUAAUCUACAAUAUCACAAGAGUAGUUAUCCUUUCUGCUGUCUCAGGUGUUAUAAGUGAUCUUCUAGGAUUUAAUAUAAGACUGUGGAAAAUUAAAUCAUAAGCUGAGUUAAAUGCCCGGACUCUCCCCUGACUGGUAUCAAAACUUACCUAUCAAGGAAAGAGAUGACUGCAGAAACCAGUGAGAUACCCACCUGCUUGUUCACAUGCACAGGUGCUCUUAGCUCUGCCAAAGCGAAUGAAUGGUGUUUCCAGAGGAACAAGUCCUUUUCCAACUGGGCGUGCAUGCUAAAAACCUGUAUUUUCAUGCUUUUCAAACAACAUGAAUAGUCAGCCGACUAAAGACACUGUGUGUUUUGGUAACACAAGGACAAUUUUGUAAGUUAGUAAAUUUAUUAUGUGCACUUCUGUACUGUGACAGUUAUGUUUACUGGCCAUAGUCUUUUGGGCAACUAUGGUAGAUGCCCAAAGCAUGAAGCAAAUGUCUUUUAUUGGAAAUAUGCAAAUUCAAUAUUUUUACAUUAUAGUCUAUAGAAUUGGAGAUUUCAUUUCUCUAUCAAAGAGAGAUCAAACUAUUUUAGGUUAAAUCCAAAUAAAAGAACUUUACUGGAGA